AUGAGCGACUUUGCAAAAUCUGCCCCGUCGUCCUUCCUCGGACAUGGGUUGCCUCCAUCCCUCACGGAUGCCGAUAUCCAGGCUUCUACAUUCACUUCCGUACCGGCAGGCUCUCACUUACAAGUGAGACUGCAACUGUUUCCUCACUCUGACCGGCCGGCUAGCCAGCCCGCUCCGGCGCCAGGUCGCAACGGCUACACUUCCUUCACUUUCUCGCCCGUCGAAAAGGACCUCGUUCCUGGAAGUAUUGUACGGAUCGGCCGCAAAGUUGACCGACACAAUACGGUGGCGGGAAAUGCGGACAGUUCCAGGCGAAGAGGGGAGCGUUCAGCGAACGUCGCAAACGGGGUCGAGGAGAUGGAGUUCAACAUCAACGAUGCGCCUCUCGCUUACUUUCUCAACGAGAAUGGCGCUGGCGCUUCCGCUGAGAAGCCCAAGGAUGCCGAGGAUGAACGUGCCAAGAGGAAAGAAACCAAGCGGAAGUCGCGAGCGGCAAGGGAAAGUUCCGUUCCACCGCCAUCGACGACUAGCGCAACUCGACCUCAAAUGAUCAAGCGGACAGCCGAUUUCGUCGCAUUUCGCUCCAAAGUGGUUUCAAGGACGCAUGCAGAAAUGUGGGUGGGACGCGAAGGACAAGUCUUCUUCCGUGAUGUGGGAUCGUCAUCUGGGUCGUUUUUGAACCGUCUGCGAUUGUCGCAGAGCGGAAAGGAAUCUGCACCUCAUAUUCUGAAGAGUGGCGAUGUGAUCCAGCUCGGAGUCGACUAUCAAGGGCGAACGGAGGAGAUCUACAAAUGCGUCAUGUUCAAGAUCUUCAUUACUGUGAAGAUGGGUGUCACAAAGACCUACAAUCCUAUGAAAUUGAAGUCCGCCAUCGAGGGGCUCAUCACCGCUAUGAACCCGUCGGCCACGUCCGCAGAUGUCCCCACUUCGGACUGCUGUAUCUGUCUCAACGGCCUAUCCCCGUUCCAAUCCCUCUUCCUCGCACCGUGCUCGCACUGCUUCCAUUACAAAUGCGUCACGCCGCUGCUAGGCACCGGGGCAAUGUUCCUCUGCCCUAUGUGCAGACAAGUCACUAACCUCGACGCGGACAUUGGCGAAGACGAAAACGCCUGGUUGGAUGGCCGCAGCGCCGCGACCCCCGGUUCUUUACUGGGCGUCGAGGAAAUCAAAGGGAGCGGCGCAAGCAUCAAGAGCUUCAAGAAGGAGGAUGUCGACAAGAACGUGAAGGCGAUCCUGGAAGAAGCCUCGCGUCCUGUAGCGAGAGUUACCGCAAACGAUCUCGACGCAAUGAUACCCGAUGAACAAGUUGAUCGUUUCAUGAGUGCUACGACGCCUCUCCUUACACCUGGAGCGGACACGGAACCAGCAAGAGACUCUUACUUCCCGUCAGCCGGCCCCUCUGAGCCUCCCGCCCUAGUUCCAUUGGCCAUCGCUGAUGCUGGUCCAAUUCAAGGAUCCACCGACAGCAUUGCCAUUCCCAACGGCGUUUCACAAAGUCCCAGCGGGUCCCCGGGCGCAUAUCCGGGGCCAUCCGGGUUGGCAUCACCAAGAGAGUCGUGGAAUGUCACCUUGGUCCGACCAUCGCGUAAGACCGCGGUGGCUGCAGAUAGACAUUUCAGCCGACUGGACGAUGAAUCGCCCACCCUGCAACGUCACACAACCCAAGUCAACCGCAAGCUGGGCCCGAGUUCUUCCCGCCUUGCAGCAGCCAACCACUCGCGAGGCUCGAGUCACGAAAACCUUCCCGUUGAGAGUUGCAGCAACCCCAUCAGCGCCAGCACUAGCGCUAGUUCUCUGAACGAAGAGGACGAGAAUGCGCGAUUGCGCAGGAUCAUCGCGGAGAUGUCGGGCCAACUCCCGCCGUCUCAACGCGAGGAGGUGUUGAGAGAAGCUGGCCUCACUUCUUCGUCGUCGAACGGAAAAUCGAAGAAAAGAGUUUGA